AAUAUUAAUAAUUAAUUCAAAACUUGCAAAUUAGAAUAAGUUCGUUAAUUUAGUUUAUUGAAAAUGUCUGAAGAAACAAAUUCAAACACAACCAUUAAAAUAGAACCAAUCGAAUAUCCUCAAGUAGAACAAGAAUUUGAUUAUUGUCUUCAAGUGAAACAAGAAUUAGAUGAUUAUGAGGUAACAGAAAUAUGUCCAGAAAACCAACAAAUAUCUCUUUUGAAUUCUGAUGUAAAAAUUGAGGAAGAAAUUAAGCAAGAAACAAUUUAUGAGCAAGGUGCAUCCACAAGUAGAAAUAAAAUUGCCUUAGAAGAUAAACCUUAUGAAGAUGUCUGUAAGUCAAGUAAUAUAGUGUAUAAUAAAAAUAAAAGUAGCAAAUCUUUUGGCAGAGUUUCAGGCAAACGUAAAAAAAUCCAUAAUUCAAAACUUCACAAAUGUAAAAUAUGCCUCAAAACAUUUGCAAGUAAAGGCGCAUUAAGAAUACAUGAAAAGAUACACGCUGGAAAAUCCCUUUCUAAAUGUGCAAUAUGCUACAAAACAUUCAAUACACUACAAAGAUUAAAGCGACAUAUUAUGAUUCAUACUGGGGAACUCCCUUUUAAAUGUGAAAUAUGCUUUAAAAAGUUUAUUCUACUAAAUAAUUUGAAAGCACAUUUAACUAUGCACAGUGGAACACGUGCUCACAAAUGUGAAAUAUGCAACAAAACAUUUGGAACACCACAAGCAUUAAGAGCCCAUAAAAUAAUCCAUAUCGAAGAACGCCUUUAUAAAUGUGAGACAUGCAAUAAAACAUUCAAAAUAAGAAAUAGAUUAAUCCAACAUGCAAUUAUUCAUGUUAAAGAAAACCCUCUAAAAUGUGAAAAAUGUGGUAAAAUGUUCACAACAAAACAAAAAUUAAAUUAUCAUGCAAUUGUACAUGCCAGAGGAAGCGGUUAUAAAUGUGAGACAUGCAACAAAACAUUUACAACAAAAUUUGAAUUAAAGCGACAUAAAAUGCUACACACUGGGGAACGUCCUUACGAGUGUGGGAUAUGUAACAGGGCAUUCAUAACAAAAAAGGAAUUAAAUCUUCAUGGACUUGUACAUACCGGAGUACGCCGUUUAAAUGCGAGG